ACGCUCCACUACACCUGAAGCUCCAAGUCGCAACGGGGAUGUCGUAGUUACAUGUCAAUUUCAAAAUCCUGUUUAUUUACAAUUGUGAAUUCCAUGGAUUGAAACAACGACAACCGUGCGGAUAUGAAAUCAAUUGGACUGCUGCAUGAUCCAUACAAAGCUCCGUUCUAUCAGUUUCAACAAUCGGACAUGUUCAUGGCGAAUCAGUACGUCCCGAAUGUAUUGUACCCAAGGACUUUUCAACCAGCCAACAACAUCCAGCCACCUUUGCAUACCCAGCCAAACUAUGCUCCUUUACUUCAAAACCUUCUGGAACAAAUUCGUGGUCAAGUGAGCAACACAGCUCCCAUAUUUAUCCUACCUGGCGGCUGUCAACAAUCCACAAAUCAUCAUCAGCAAGCUGGCAUGCCGAACCAAGGAGGUGGUCCCCAGGCAACUGGACAACCGACAAGCUUCAAUUACCCCUCGUCAGUUCACUGUCCACCCUCGUUCUACCCCUAUCCAAUCCCGUUGCCCGUUUACCCGCCAUUCGUCGGUCAAACUCACAACGAAGAAAGUUCGAGGGGUUGCGGAUGUUGCCACAGAAGGCAAGAAUCGUCGGACUUGAAGAGCUACUCGUUAAACUGUUGCUGCAACCUCGCCAAACAAGAGGAUCAUCGGUGCACGGCGACGAACGACGACACCGUUUGCUCGAAACGCAAUUGUCCGGCUUCCGUUAGCCUGCAAGCUUUGGCGUCGCAAUUCUUAUCGUUGCCAGGAAUCGUAUCCUGCGCCGCCACUCGUCUGAUACUGAGAAAAGUGCCUGGAUCGAACAUCACCAGCACCAUGGAGGACACGAUGGACAAAGCGCAGAAAGCUAUCUGCAUGCUGACGAAGGAACAGUUGCUGACAGAGUCGAGAAACGCGCAGCAGGUGAACGCGUUGAUCAAUCUUCACAUGACCACAAACCCGCCCGCGAACAUCAUCCCCCUGCUGACGCUGAUACAGUUAAAGGUGAACGUACUGAAGGCGCAGAUCGAGAGCCUGAUCAAUAAGAAGGUGAUGGAAUGCCAGGGAUUUGGAUACGAGGUAAGGAUUCUUAGGUUCAGACAGGAUUUUGCAAGCAUAGACUGCUUACAUUACCAAAACAUGCUCUCUGUCGCAUCAAACGUAGAACGUCGUUCACGCGAUCCUCAUUUACAUCUCAUUCACAUCUCAUCCGAGCCGCAAAGCACGCUAACGGUCUCUACCUGGUACUCACAGGUGGAAACGAGCGGUCCCAUAGAUCCAACGGUGCUCAGCAUGAAGACGAACGAGGAACUGAGACACUUGUUGUCAGCCCUUAGACAGAAGGAAUGCGACGAGAGGGUGAACGUGAACUUCUCACCCUACCAUUCGCAACGCGUGAUCGCGGAGGCUCGUUUGAGCAACGUUCAGGCGAAGAUACGUCAGGUGGAGGCGGAAUUCGAUAGAAGAAGAUCCGUCUCGUUACCCCUUCCGUCGCUUACAUCCCGGGUCAUCCAACAGUUCGCCGAGUCCACCUGCACAUUCGGUUUCGCGCAAACGAAAUUAUUCGAGCCCUAUCCGCAGGAAAAUCCUCUGCAAUCUCCGGAUCCGUUCUCGGCGAGCAUACGCAACCCUAAGAGAUUGUAUCUAAAACCUCGAGCGGCUGAAUCGGAAGCAACGCGGCAGAGGGAUCAGAGCAAAGCGACCAGCACGUCCCAGGAUGCUCCUCCCAGCUGCAAGGACACAGGAACCGGCGAGGGCAACGCGGACUGCUCGAAAGAGCGAUCAGUUGGACCUCGUUCCAGCGAAGACUCCUGCAGCUGUCAUUUCACGUCCUCGGAUGAGAGCAUCGAUCAGGGUAAAAAAAAACUUCGACUAAGGAUCGAUCGCGCAGGAAAGGUGACGAUAAGUAGCGCGGGCAAGUUGGAAGACGCGUCUUUGGCAAAUUUCAGCCCCAACGUGGUUGUGUCAACAGAUCAGUACAGGUGCACGUUCAACGGUAGAUGUGUAUCUACCAAGGAAGAUGAUAUCGCUGAUCGUGAGUCGGAAAUUCGGGAGAUUUUGCAAGUCGAGGAUCCUAAAACUGAUGCAGACACCUUGGAAGUAUUCGAUUUACCUCGCGUCAAGAAAGAACCUGAGGACGCUACAGACGUGGAGACGUCCGAGAAUGUUGAUGUUCCGAUCAAAAUCAAAGAACCUGAAGAUAAACCGCAUUACAAACCCACAAUGCUUAUAGGUCUGAAAUCAAAGAAGACAGAGAUGGAGACACAGCCAUCUACUGCGGCAUUUGUAACUGAAAAGCGGAUCCAAAUCAAAGAGCAACCAAAAAUUUUGAAAAAGAUAAAAAUCAAGGAUGUACAAGUUGAAGGUAAAACUGAAACACAGGAUGUUAAAACGGAGCAUGUGGAUUUGAAACCGGAAAUGAAAAGAGAAGUGCAUGUGGAUUCGAAAUCAAAGAAGGUGAAGACAGAACUGUACAUAAAUCUUGAAAGACCAUCACCAGAAACCAAAGACAUUAAGGCACAUGAGAAAUUAACUGCUGAAGUUCCUGAAGAGAAGGUGACCACAACUCCCCCAAGUGAACAAACAAUUAAGGAAAAACCAUCUUCUGAUGUUCCAAAAAGUUUUUUUGGAAUAACAUUAAGAAAGGCAGGAGAAUCUAAAAAGAAACCAAAGACUGCUGCCCAUGAAGAUGAACAUACUAAGGACAAAAUCAAAUCUGAAGAUGAUGAAGCCAGUGCUGCUGAUAUGAAAGAAAAAUUAAUUGUGGAAGAUGUAUCCAAGCAGCAAGCAACCGGAAGUGCAAUGCUUGCAGACGAACAGUUAACCGAUAAGGAAUCAUCUGAAGUGAAGAAGAAUUACUUUGGAAUUACAUUGAAGAAGAGAGGAGAACCUAAACGGCGACCAAAAACUGAAAAUGAUAAAUCGCAUCCAAAAAAUGGAGAACAUGAAAACGUGCAAAUCAUUUCGAUGGUGACACAUAUGGAGUAUGAUAGAGGGUUUGGUGAUUUUGAUGGGUGGGUGGAUACAAAGGACUACAUUGAUAGAAAAAUCAAGGAUGAAGAAAGGACAAAGGACAAUUGUUUAAUGUCAAUAAAGCAUGAAAGAAUGUUUCCUAAGAAUCAUCAACCAAGUGAUGAGAAACAUCUAAAUGGUAUCGCUCGAUUUCCACCGCUGAAAAACGCAGCGCAAACAGUGACCAAUAUCCCAGAAAAUAUAUUCCAUCAGGAAGAGAUUGAAUCAGGCUCCUCGAGGGCCGUUUACAAUAGAAGGGCCACUUAUCAUCCCGAUUCAGGAAAUAGUAUCGUCUCCACGAUUUACUCCGUGAUAGAAAAUCAACUUACCUCUUUCACCUCGCUAUUUGCCAAUAUACCAAAUUUACAAAACAUUGUAUCAAGUUUAUGCUAUGACAAAUUGCCGAGUGAACGGAAUGUUUCAACACUAAAUCCAGAAACAAUUGUCAAUAGAAAAGAAAGUAAUAAAGAAAUUUCUGGAGAAGACGAUUGGACUUUGCUUCCUGGCGACGAUGAUGGCACUUCCGGUGAGAGUUGCAUCUCCAUAAACGAAGGAUUCAGCAAUAUCCAUAAAAUAAAACAAUCUAUAAUUGUUGAUAAAGAGAAUAAAAAUUACGUGUUAAUAAGAUCAUUUAGUGGUCAAUUAAAUGAAUUGUCGCGGAAUGGUUUACAACGACCUUAUCACACUCGUAGAACUCUGGUAAUAAGAAGUCGACUAAAGAAUCCUGGGAGAUUAAAGGAUCAACGUCCUUUUACGAUUUUGAAACGAUCUAAAAAGAACAAAGUACUUAAUCAUCAAGAAACAAAACAAGUGAAGCACCAAUCGAAAACAAGUAAAGAUAUUUGUUUUAGAAAUGAUACAAAGAUAAAUAAAAAUUGCAGUUUCCCUUCUGUUGAUCGUUCGUUGUCUAAAAACAAGAAAAUCUUUAGUGAUUCGGGAGUAAAUAAACAGGUAUAAUUGAAGAACGAAUAUCACGAUUUUAUUAGCGUUUGGCAGUAAAGUAUAACAUUGGAGAUUAAAAAGUAACGACAUCAAAACAAAGUCUAAUCUUGUACAAGGUUCGUGUUUCUUUUUUGUGCGAAAUGAAAUCCUCUUCAAAAUUAAUUCCACUUUAUGUGUACAAAUAAUAAUAACAUAAAUUCUUUUCAAUCGCUGAGUGUCAUUGGAAGAUCCAAUAGUAAACGGAAACGGAAACGGAAAUUCAAUGUGUCUAGGGGUAGAGACGUAUUAAUAAAUUUUUUGGAAACAUUGCCAAUAGACGAGUAUACAUUUGUCUCGUAGCUGAAAGUGAUUACAGCUGUUGAGCAAAUGCGGUGUAUCUUUUCUUCUGCUUUUUAUUAAUCGUUAAUUGUAAAUCAUCUUCGGUCAAUGGACCACAGUUAUCGCUUUAUAUUAGCUGCCUACUGAGAAUCUUUAGAAUCGUAGUGUAAUUAGUAACAACGCGACCGCGUAGAUCGAACGUUUGAACACUCUCGGAAACGUACAGUUCGGUUUUUCGGAGGCCAAAAUGAAGAUCCUUAAUUUAUUAUUCACCUCACGUGCCACCAUCACACUCAUUCGUAUAUCGACGCAAAGGCAUUCGAUCCUUCAGACAUCUUGAAUUCAGACACUCGUACACUACAAAUUAUAGUUUGUCCAAGAUCGGUGAGAAUUUCCAUUUAAAUUCCGAUCUACGCUAUGUUUUAUUUAUUUAUUUAGAAUCACAAAAUCUCAAAUCGCGCAUGGCCUUUGAAAAGUCUUUAGAUAAUUAAUGUAACAGAAAAUAAUAAAUUACAGAUCGGGAACAAACUAUAAUCAGAAUUAAUUCGAUUUACGGUCACCGUGUAAUUUGUUAUUCGAUACGUUUAUAUAUUAAAUUUCUUACGUGCUAACAAAUCUAUUUAAUAGUAAGUAAAAAAUAAACGAAUUCAACGAGACGUAACAAAGUCUCGCGUAGAAUAUUGGAUUAAACAGGAGAUAACAUUGUCACACCACACGAAUACGAUGCUGCCUAAAGGUAGAACAAAAUGUGUAGGAGGGUUUCCGGUGUUUAAUGCAGAAACGUGAUAAAUAUCAAGCAAGCAGAGGGCAUCGACGCUUAAAAAUACAAAAUGUAUCCGGGAAGGUCGGGUUUUCUUUUCUUUAUAUACCUCGUAGCGCGAAACACGGGUAGAAGACGUCGAAGAAAAGUGUUAGGUACUGAUUAGAGCCAUAUACACGUUAUGUUACAUACUAUCGAAGUUAUAAACGGACUGUAUACUUAUAUAAAUACGCUACAUACUUAGACGGCUAACUACUACUUUGAAACUAGAGACAAGCAUUCGCGAAGAAGACCUAACAGGGUUGAAACUAUCAUAAUUUAAAAAAAAUAAAAAAAGGACUUGAUCGUGUUCUUCUUUUUGAUACUAUUGCAAGUAAUCAAAGGAUGCGAGGAACUGAGUACAUUGGCUUUGACUUUUCCGAUAAAUUCUUGUAUAUAUGUAUGUAAUAACAAUCUUGAUUAAAAGUAAAGGUGCUGAGUCAUCUUCGAUGGCGAUACGACAUAGAAAACUUCAUAUUUAUUAAAAUCUAUAAUCGUUCAUAGUAUUUGUUUAGUAAAACAUUGCUUUUUAAGCAUUACUCUUCUAUUCUCCACUGAAACUUUCUACCUACGAAUAAAUAUCGUUAGUCCGUUAUAACCGUUGUAAAAUUAUUAAAUAAGUGGUGGCCUCUAUAUAUAUAUUACAGAAGAAAGAUACGAUAACACGAAAGGUCUAUCAUUUAAUUAUUUUUAAAUAUAUAAUAUCCAAUCGUUCUAUAUAAUUGCGUGACACGUUGCAAUUGAAUAGAGACAGUUCGAUAGCUGCGUAAAUAAACGAUCUUAACGAGCUAGUAACAAAAGGUAUGGACAAUCCUUGUUAACUCUUCUAAAACAAUAUCAUCAACUGUAUUCGAAAUAUUUUAACUGUUCUUUUUCUUCAUUUCUCUCUGAUAGACGGAUAUGUACAAAGUAUUUACAAAUACAUUUACAUCGCUAAUAUAUAUUUAUGUAUAUAUAUAUAUAUAUAUAGUCAAACAUCUCGCGGGACAACUUAAAUAAUCGUGUAUAAUUGUUGCAAUAAUUUAAUUAAAAAAUACUUCCUACGACAAAUCUUUGAUUAAAAAAAAAAACUUAUAUGACUAACAAGUACUUGUAAUCUACGAUCACUGCAAACCCCCGCUUGAACGAUACAAAAACUUUUCAAACUACUGACUGUAAAAAUCUAGUUUCAUCUUGUUUCGUUUUGUUUGCUCUACUGUUACAUAUAAGUGAAAAAAUCCUGAUAUUCAACCUUAAUACAAGUUUACGUCCAAAAGAUUACCUUAUAGUAGGUAUUUCAUAGCAAGUAAUUAUUUCUCAUCUUUAAAUUCAGUUCAAUGUAAGGCGCUUCUUACACCUGGAAAUAUUUCUUGAGCCGUAAAACGACGAAAACGAAAAAAAAAAAAAAUAGAAAUUAAGUAAUAAACAAACCUUCUAAAUUCUUUCUCAAGUUCUACCUGAAUUUCGGAUGUACAAGUUGAACUUAUGUUCUUUUUUUUUUUCACUUAAGAACUUCAACUUGGCCAAAGGCACGACUGACGUAUAUUGAAUUAUGUGCAAUAUAUUUUCAUACAAAAAAAAGGCAAAUUAAAAACACUUUGUUAAAAAAAAAAA